UCAAUGGAGAACAUCACAGAAGUGACAGAAUUCAUCCUGCUGGGGUUGACAGAUGACCAUCUUCAGCUUCCUCUCCUCCUGAUAUUUUUAUUCAUCUACCUCUCCACUCUGAUUGGAAAUGGAGGAUUGAUGGUCCUCAUCUUUUCAGAUUCCCACCUCCACACUCCCAUGUACUUCUUCCUCAGUAACCUGUCUUUUGUCGAUCUGGGAUACUCCUCAGCUGUAGCUCCCAAGACACUGGCUACACUACAGCCAGGGAACAAGGUCAUCUCAUAUAAUGGGUGUGCAGCUCAAUUUUUCUUCUUUGGAGGGUUUGCCACUGUUGAGUGCUAUCUUCUGGCCUCCAUGGCUUAUGACCGCCAUGCAGCAGUGUGUCGACCUCUUCAUUACACCACCACCAUGACAAAGGGUGUGUGUACCAUCCUGACCAUUGGCUCUGACACCUGUGGCUUCCUCAAUGCCUCAAUCCAUACCGCAGAUACCUUUAAACUCUCUUUCUGUGGUUCUAAUAAGAUCAAUCAUUUUUUCUGUGACAUACCCGCACUUCUGGCCCUUGCUUGCUCCAGCACACACAUCAGUAAGUUGGUCGUCAUUUUUGCUGUGGGAUUCAAUGUCUUUUUCACUCUCUUAGUAAUUAUCAUCUCUUACCUCUUUAUAUUCAUUGCUAUUCAAAACAUGAAGUCUUCUGAGGGACGAAAGAAGGCCUUCUCCACAUGUGCUUCCCACCUCACUGCUGUGUCCAUUUUUUAUGGCACGAUCAUCUUCAUAUACUUGCAGCCCAGUUCUGGUCAGUCCAAGGACACAGACAAAAUAGCAUCUGUGUUCUACACUGUGGUGAUUCCCAUGUUGAACCUCUUGAUCUAUAGCCUAAGGAAAAGUGCCCUCUGGAAAAUACUCAACAAGUUUUACCUUAAGUCUUUUAGUGUGAGCAGGAAGUAG